UAUGUAACUCCCCUUCAUGUCUUCCUCAUCUGUCACAAAUUCCUCCGCAGCGGAUGAAACUCUGCGCGCUCAAAUUUUCCAGAGACUACACCCUCGCGUUUAUCUCGAAAGGUUUAUUGCCGAGAAAAUCAGGCCAGAUGGACGGACGUUCGAUGAGUGGCGCAACGUUUCUGUGAAUGUCGGAUCCAUAUCAACGGCUGAUGGUUCUGCUCUUGUGCGUAUGGGAGACACCACGAUUGUUUGUGGCGUCAAGGCAGAAAUCGCAGAACCCGAGCUCGAUCACCCUGAACAAGGUUUUUUAGUACCCAAUAUCGAUUUGCCUGCAAUCUGUUCUCCAAAAUUCAAACCAGGUCCUCCGACAGAAGAAGCUCAAGUCCUUUCUGAUAGACUAAACGAAGCUCUCGUCGCCUCAGGCGUGCUUUCAUUAUCUUCGUUGUGCAUCCACCCCGGACAAGCCGUUUGGACGCUCUAUGUGGACUGUACAUGUAUAAAUUAUGAUGGGAAUGCGUUUGACGCUGCACUGCUGGCCAUGUUGGGCGCCCUCAGAAGUACUACGCUGCCUAAAGCCACCUACAACGAAGAAACUGGGCGCACGACGUGUUCGCGGAAAACUCGAUCGCCGGUACAAUUGACUCGAAAUUUUGCUUCGUCGUCUUUUGGAGUGUUAGACACAUCGCACGUUCUCUCAGAUCCCACUGCAUUCGAAGAGCCCCUGAUGGACGUCACGCUGACGGUUAUCGUAGAUGACCGAGGAGAGCUUAUCAGUACUACUGAGUCAGGCGGUGCAAUCUCGGAAGAGACGUUGUUGCGGUGCAUUAAUAGAGCGAAAGAAAGAGCAUUGCAGCUCAAAGACUGAUGGUACAUGAGUCUGUGUGGAGACAGUUGUGAGUGAAGAAUUUGACUCUUGUUGGCGUAGCCCUGCCAUGAUAUAUGAGGCGACAGCACCUUCACGACAGGAGGGCACCAUCAAUGGUCACGGAUGUAUAGUCGUUCCGUUACCGACGUCCUCGUGUGUUUUCGAACAUCCGAACUUCGUCGCCGCCGAUCUCAGUACUACCGUAUAUGAGUUGUCAACGAUUUUCUCGCAAUAAAUCACGCUGGAUUUAUCAUCUUA